UCCAUGGCCGAGCGCAGGAGGCGGCGGCGGGCUUAGAGCGGGGCCCCCGGGGGUUGUUGCUGUCUCCGCGGCCGCUGGCUGGGUGAGGAGGGGCUGGCGCGAUGUCCGGGUGCGGGAUGGAGGCAGAUUACCCCGCCUUUGAGAACCCGCUCUGCGGCGAGCUCAAGCACAUUUGCAAAAGGAUCCGAGAGACCUACAAGGAGAUCAAAGAGGACCUGACCCCUUACAAGGAUGAUCGCUACUACAGGUUGGCCCCGAUGCGAUUGUAUACGCUGUCCAAACGCCACUUUGUCUUGGUCUUCGUUGUAUUCUUCAUUUGUUUUGGUUUAACCGUUUUAAUAGGUAUUGCAGGUCCCAAUGUCAUUGAACCCUUUCAAGUGAAAUCUCAGUUGAAUAAUGGCUCCAAGAUAAGGCCAUUUAAUUUAAGUUCACCGCCGUUAUCUACUUAUAAUCAGCAGUUAUGGCUGACAUGUGUAGUAGAGUUGGACCAACAUUUUGAUAACAAAUGGAAUGGCUUGAAAAAAACCUUCAAUAUGCUGGUUACAAUAAGUGGUGUAAUAGAGAAUGCAAGCGUCAGGUAUUUCAACAAGGAACUUCACAACCGAACAAGGACACUGAACUGUGCACAGCAAUGUGCUGAAUUUAUUGUGGUCCAUCUUGGUUAUCUGAACUACACUCGCUAUGAGAUCACUGUCGCCUUUGAAAACCUUCCUCCAAUCAAGCAUUACAAUUUCACAUGGAAAACCUAUAACUCAGCCUUCUCUCAAGUGGAAAUCUGGUUCCGAUUUGUCUUUGUGGUCCUUACUUUCAUCGUCACAUGUCUCUUUGCACACUCCCUGCGCAAGUUCUCUAUGCGAGAUUGGGGAAUAGAGCAGAAGUGGAUGUCCAUCCUCCUCCCCCUGCUGUUGCUUUAUAAUGAUCCAUUUUUCCCCCUCUCGUUCCUAAUCAACAGUUGGUUUCCUGGAAUGCUAGAUGACCUCUUCCAGUCGCUGUUCUUGUGUGCAUUGCUGCUGUUUUGGCUCUGUGUCUACCAUGGGAUCAGAGUGCAGGGCGAAAGGAGGUGCAUAACAUUCUAUUUUCCUAAACUCCUUAUUGUUGGUCUUUUGUGGCUGGCUUCUGUUACAUUAGGAAUAUGGCAGACUGUCAAUGAACUACGUGACCCAACGUACCAGUAUGGGAUUGACACAAACAACUUUCAGGGUAUGAAAAUCUUCUUCCUUGUGGUGGCAGCUGUGUACAUUUUGUACCUUUUGUUCCUGAUAAUCAGGGCAUGCUCAGAACUCCGAAACAUGCCCUAUGUCGAUCUCAGGCUAAAAUUCUUGACCGCAUUGACAUUUGUAGUUCUCGUCAUUAGCAUCGUUAUACUUUAUCUGCGUUUUGGAGCCCAGGUUCUGCAAGACAACUUUGUGGCUGAACUGUCGACCCAUUAUCAUAAUUCUGCAGAAUUCCUAUCGUUCUACGGCUUAUUGAACUUCUAUUUAUACACAUUAGCCUUUGUAUAUUCACCAUCAAAAAAUGCCCUGUAUGAGUCUCAGUUGAAAGAUAACCCUGCCUUCUCUAUGCUGAACGACUCAGAUGAUGAUGUGAUCUAUGGGAGUGACUAUGAAGAAAUGCCACUUCAGAACGGUCAAGCCAUCAGAGCCAAAUUCAAGGAAGAAUCAGACAGCGAUUAAGUUUUCAUAGAAGUGACCUGCUCUAUGAGAACAAAAGCAAUCUUGACACUCUUCCCCCCCCCACCCCCCUAAAAAUCUUUUUCCUGAGUCUAUUGUUAACUGAUCAUAGACUUCUGUGGAAGGAUUUCCUGUUUUCCCCUUUCUGUUUACAAACCAAAAACUGAAGUGGGAGAGGGGGCAGAAUAUAAUUUUUAGGGAAGAGUUAUUUUGUAAACUCAAAAGUGUACCCCGCUUUUUUGAAAACAGUUGUGAUGGGAUGCCUCCAGACCAGAUUGUUGGGGGAGCUUGUUGUGCAUUGCCACAGCUAAUACUUUGAUUUCCUCAUAGUUUUAUAACUAUUUACUUGGAAUGUAGUAUUGAGAUGCUUAUUUUUUACUCCAAAAUAAUUUUAUUUCGACAUUUGCAAACUGUGUUUGCAGAGAAGGGAAGAGAGGAAAUGCCCCAGCUCCCAACGUCAUUCAACCCCAAACUUACUCUGAUUGGAAUCUGCUUGGCACUUCCAACAUCUUGAGAAACCUCAAUUUCUGUUUUCCCAUUUCAGGGGUUGAAAGGUGGUGGGUAGGAAUUGCAAUUGUGAUUCAGCACUGUAUAUGACUUGAAUUAAAUGAAGGAGUUUUUUCAGUUAUCUGAUUUUGUGAUUGCGAUUAAGCACACCAGUUCAGUUUCUUCUGAGACCGACAUAAUUCUAUAUAAUUGUAUUGGAAGAGCAAAAUAAUUUGAGAAAGAAGGUGUUCUAAGGCUGCUUUAUCUUAAAACAACAGCCACAUUCGGUGAAAAUCAUAGCCAUGCACCUGAGUAUCUUCUGCCUGUGUAAAUGAUGACUGGAUGCUGGUUGCUAUUGUUUUUUAAGAGGGAACAAUAUAUAAUUUUAACACACAUUCCUUUAAAUUCUGUAACUGUUGUCCCCCUCCCCCCAGAUAAGGGUGUUUAAAUAGUUUGGUAUUUAAUAACCAGUAGUAUAGAAACACAAACACAUUAUCUGUUGGAUGUGAACCUAGGUGGGCUCUUGGAGAUAUUUGUGUAGGAAAUUCUCUUCAUUUAACUGAGCACGAUCCAAAAUGGUGGUUGAUCCAUUUUGUUGAACCAACUGUAUAAACCAGCAAGGUAAAUUGGAGCCUUCAAAUUACAGAGAAGUCUUCAGAUUUCAGAGUUCUGCAAUAAUUGUUGGAACGUGACAGUAUGUUAUGACCCAUGUGGAGGCCACUUGAAACAGCCUUUGUACGAUGCCUGCCACAUAGGCAGAAGACAAUGGCUAACAUGGAAUGAAUCAUCCUCAUUGCGUGCAUACAAUGGGACCAAGCCAAUAUACACAUUGCAGCAAUGGCGUGGUGAAGCCUCAGUGUAGUGGUUGUGAUGUGUGUACUUGACUGUAGUUGGUUCAAUGAAAGGUAUGAUCUGAGCCAUUUUGGGUUCUGUUUUGCGAUAGGCAUUUCUUUUAGCUCAUCUUCAGACACACCUAAAAUGGCAGCUUUUGUGUGUUCCAUUCUUACCCAUGCUGGAAAUGUGCACUACUGAAGUUGAUACAGUUUAGCAGAAUGGUGCUUCCAAUCACAAUUUAUUGAGAAAUGCCUCUUUACUCUCCCACCCUGGUAGUUUUGGUUCUGAAUGGAUUUAUUAAAAUAGUAUGAUGGGGAAAUCAUGGGUAGCCCUCCUACCUCACAGAAGCUGUCAGUAUUUUCAUGUGCUUUUUCAAGCCCAUGUUCUUGCCUAUAAAUAACUCCAGUAGGUUCCUUUUGCAGAAACACUUUGUUAUAUCACUGACCAUAACAAAAAUGACCAAUAUGCAAGGACUGAAGACCCUUUUUGAGUUGAAUGUAAAAGUUCAGUGCAUUUCUGCUGGUCACACUUGAAUUGCUAUUUGCAUCUCUUGCUUGGCAAACCUUGUCCUAACAUAAUUUAAGCUGCAGAAACAGUCUACAGGUGACUUGCAUCUCAUGUAGGGGUUGUGUUUUUGGCCAUUGCGGGUAUAAGCAAAAUUGUGUAAAGCCCAAACCGACCCCUAGCAAGCCAUUUAACAACAUUUUUUUAAAAAAAUCACUGCACUUAACUGGUGAGGGAUGAAUGUGGCUCUUAGUCUUCUGCAUCCUUUCCCUUGCUGGAUGCUACUGCAGACGAUAUGAAGACCCAGGGGAGUUGACUGGUAGCCGGAAGAAGUGCUUGGCUGUGGUUCAGAUCUAGAAGUGGGUUGCCUGGGCACAUCUGCUGCUGCUAUUGCUAGUUUCUUUGUGAGGAGCAUGGUGAUUGAUAGGUGCUGCUGUUGUCUCUUGGGCUCAUCAAACAUUUCCUUGCAUGGUCUCAGAAUGUCUGUAUUCCCACAGAUGAUCUUGAGGAUGCAUUUCAUGGAAGGGUCAGAUCAUAUGUGUUGAAAGGUUGAGAAAAUUUCUGCAGGCUCCAACUUGCUGACUCAUGCUCUCUAUCCUCAUCCUCGCAUUCUGAACUUGAGCUGACCAGUUACUCUAGCCCAGGCACCCCCAAACUUCGGCCCUCCAGAUGUUUUGGACUACAAUUCUCAUCUUCCCAAACCACUGGUCCUGUUAGCUAGGGAUCAUGGGAGUUAUAGGCCAAAACAUCUGGAGGGCCGCAGUUUGGGGAUGCCUGCUCUAGCCAUUCAACAGUCAGUACCUGUUUGGCCCUCAGUUGGCUCUGCAGUCUGAGGUUUCUCCACACUCCAAACCCUUCAGUUGUCUCUAGAAACCCCUCCACAAGUCUCUCUGGCCACCUCUGAUCACCCUCUGCAACCACCCCUUCUAUGCCCAAACACUCUCAUGAAGGCUGUUGGAUCUUUUCCCCCUUGUGUACCGUUUUCUUAUCCCCCCCCCCGGUGCAUGCCAUUUUUGCACCACUUUUUGGCAACGUGCAUGAUGCCGAGAGUGUGCCUGUUAAAUAAGCGUCAGAUGCGAGUUACCUGUAGUUACCUGCUCAUUCUGCUGUUACUGUUUUCUAGUCAUAGGCUGGGAUAAUAAGAACCUUGUGCAUUAGUGGAAAGGACACUUCUCUGUGGGUAUAUGAGAGAGUUGGUGGGAUGACGGCUUUCUCAGUAUGUGCAAGGAGUUACUCUGGAAAAGGGUUAGUACUUGCAAAAAACACAGCGCUUUGAAUCCUAGCCAUAGACAAGUAUAUGGUGAUUGAUACCUCAAGGCUACGAAUAAACUGACGAAUAAACCAUGGCUUAGGGCAUACAUAUAGCCUCCCGAGGAGAUCCCAUUUGCUUUGCUACCCCCAUCAUUUUGCUGUUAUUGCUGCUGCUGAACUAAGCCAUGGUUUGGCUUACUGCAUAUUCUGACCUCUGGGUUGAACAACAUGAUAAGGCAAACCAUGGCUUAGCUCAGCAGCAAAAUGAGCAGUGACAAGCAAAGCAUCUGUGAUCCCCAUUCUGGGAGUUUGUUGGUCCUAAACCACGGUUUGGCUUAAUGUGACAUGUGAAUUUAUGGCACUGUGAAGGAUUUGUUCCGCUAUUUUUGCAAGUAAAUAUCUACACUGGUAUUAAAGCUAUGAAAGAGUGUCAUGCACUUUGCAUAUCAAAAGUACAAGACCUAAUACCGGUAUUAGUAUAAUCAUCUAAAUGUAAUAGUUUGCUUUUGCUGGGUUUCUGAUAAACCAUUUCAGAUGUUUUGUUCUGUGGCAAUCAGCAAGUUAGAGUGCUAAUAUGUAUUUAGUAAAAUGUUGUUGUUUUUAACAGCAAAUUAAAACCAAGGCAUGGAGUAUAUUCUAUGGAUAAUAUCCAAUGUUGGUCAUACUCAGAGUAGACCCAUUUGAAUCAAUGGAUUUAAGUAACUUGUACAUUGAUUUCAGUGGAUCUAAGUACGACUUCACGUUGUAAAACUUGGGAAACUAGAUGUGUAUUUUUCUUAAUCUUUUAUAUUUCUUGAUAUUGACCCCUAGUAAUCAUGUGGAAAAAUUGUACUACUUGUCUUUUGAUGUAUAUAUUCUUUUAAAUUAUUGUUGGCUUCUCUUCUACAUUUUAAAUAUCUAGGGUGAUAUUCAAUUAAUGAGUCCUGACAAGUGUCAGCCCUGUGUGAGGACUUUUGCUUGCAGAACAAUAUGCAGGGGGACAAGGGGAGGGGGUCAUUACAAAGUCUCAAUGCUUGUCCAUACAGAACGAUCACUCAGUUUUACUUAAGUUCCCAAGUUACCUUUUCCCUUAAUUCUGGAGAAAAUAAAUGAAUUCCUGAGUUAAUUUCUUAAUUAAAUGUCCCCGAAGUUCAUUGAACUUUAGGAAUUGAAGGCCACUUUUUGCUUUUGUCUGUGAUCAGAUCACUAAUGCAUUUGUCUCCACUUAUCUCACUCAUCUGACGAGUCCCAGGAACAAGCAUCCAGCUAUGUUUCCCAUUGCAUUUUUAGUGCCAUUUGUUAUUUUCUAUUUGUAAAAUAUUUCUGCUUACAUCUGAAGCUGAUCAGUGUUGCUUACUGUGCGCUGCAAUUGUUUGAUUCAUCUUAAACUAGAGCAUAAUACAGCCAGAAUCGAGCACUUCCAAGCAGUGUUGAUUUCAGUGGUGAAAUUAAGCACUUACUUCAAUCGCCUAAGUUGAUGAGACUUGAAAGUUCUUCAUUCUGGCUGCAUUAUACUGCUAAUGUAGAGUUUCAUAAACUGCCAAAAAUAUUUUCGUACAAAAUUGUUAUAUUUAUAAUCAUAACCUGCAUGUCCUGGAAUUUUUAAUAUAGUUUUAGCUAUUCACCAGUUUUGAUACUGAGUGGAAGCAGACAUUUUACUGUCUUCAUGAGGAACCUAUCUUUUUUUAAUGUCACAUAGCAACUUGUUUAAAAAGCUCAGUGUUAAACACCCAGAACAUUUAAAGUUGUCAUAUUGCAAACUGGGGAAAACACAAGGUAGUAGUAGAGACUAUUUUCAGGUGUAUUAAUUGGAAUUCUUUUGCACAGAUAUGAUAAUUGAGCACAGUGUGUUGUGUUUUUAUUUUUUGCUAAGGGGUUCCCUAUGAAUAGGAGAGUCACUGGGAUAGCUGUUGUUUUCCUUUUAGCAGGGCUUCAUAAACUGUGCUCCACGGACCAUGAGCUUCAUUCAGGUAGUCUGCAGUGUGUCUGUAAAAAUGCAGUUUAAAAGCAUCCAGCAAUGUACUACUGCACCUUACAAUUGCUACAAGCAGAAAAAUCAUUUAGAGGUCUGCCAAGAACCUCAGCAAUUUUCAAGUGGUCCAUGGGGGAAAACAUUUGGGAAUCCCUGCCCUGCAGCCGGAUGAGGAAGCUGUUAGUGAAAGUGCCUUUGGAUAUGGUGUUUAGUUGGCUUCCACAAGGAUCAGUUGCCAAGCAACUUUGCUUCAGCUGGGCUUUUGAGUAUGAGCUAGAUCCCCUCAUCAAAUAAAAUAAUUGCCAGUGGACAACUGCAGCAGUAAUUCUGCUACAGUGGGAGAACAUCGCCCACUACAAAGCAUAUAUUUUGUUUCGUCAUGUUUUUGUUUUUUAAAAAAAAUGUGUGUCCCAUCUUUUUUGUUGGCAGAAGUUGCUGCUUUUGAAAUGGCUUCUGUAGAGUGUGUAAAAAGGCUUGCUGAUGCCCACUGUUGGUGAAAAACAUCUCUAGAUAAAGACAAUAUGAGCAUUGCCCCCGCAUAUGGUGUAGCCUCCUUCAAAGUGCUUGUAGUUUUUGCCUAUUUUGUCUUUGCCUUUGUUUAACAUGGAUCACUUUUGCCUUAGCAGAUGUGAUUGUCAGUUGCAGCGCUAACUGUUUAGGUAAAUAUGCAGUUUGUACACACUGGCGUUUAUGGUUAAAAUUUCAAUGUGCCAGUAAUACUAAGAGGCAGUAAUGUAACUAGGACUGUGCUCAACGUUCAGACAAGAUAAAGCUAUAAUCUUGGUAUCUGAAGAAGUGUGCAUGCACACGAAAGCUCAUACCAAUGACAAACUUAGUUGGUCUCUAAGGUGCUACUGGAAGAAAAUUUUUUAAUUUUGUUUUGGCUAUAAUCUUGUGUUUUGUAUGCUGCAACCUUCAGUUUCCACCUUCAGGGAAAGUAGUCUGUAGUGUUCUCAAUUUUUUAAAUAGAAACUAGUGAUUAAAUAGAAACUAGUGGUGGGAUUCCCCGCUGCUGCUUUAGGAUCUUCCCACCCACCACUUUUUCUUCCUGGCUUAGUCACAUAAGUGAUCAUAUACCAGCCAGAGAUAAUGAAGGAGGAAGAUGUCAUACUGUCUCGUAGCCAAUCAGAUGUGGUUGUGCUAUAAUAUCACUGAGGUUGAGGGGUGGCAAGUUUAAACAAGCAAAGAUUUCUACAGAUUAUACAGAAAAAAGCACUGGCAAAAGGGUCACGGAAAACAAUUUUUUUCUGAGUAACCUUGGCUCAGCCCUAAGUGUAAACCCAGUAGAAUCAUGCCAAAGAAUAGGAAAUCUGUGUUUAUAUCAAAAGAAGUUUGUUUAGCAAGGAAUUUGCAGCCUGAUCCUGUGCAUGCUUACUCAGAAGCAAGUCUAAGUUGGUUCAAUCAGACUUACUCCCACAUGAGGUACAAAGCCUUACUUACAAUGAGAGAAUACUUCUAAAUGGUGCCCAAGGCCAUUACUGCAUUUAAAUGAUGUAGUCACAUCUGUUGCAUUUUUAGCCAUAUGUUCCAAUUGUGCCAGUAAUUGAUAUGAAAAGCUCCUUAUGCUACUGUACAACUGAACUCAACAUUUGUAAAUAGAUGUAAAAUGAAAUAAACCUCUAGAAAAUAUUUUCUACCAAAACGUGGCUAGAACCUUUUCAUAGUGUACGUUUACGUUAAUGAAAAGUUGUAACUAUAAAUUUGCUUUUGGAAAGGGUAUGCAUGGGGUACCUUAAUGUGUCAUCUUCAUGCUUCAGGGUAGAUGCUCUUUGUAAUUCUGAUGGGGCACUAGCAACAUUGGUGAUAACUUUCCCCGAGCAGGAAUUUGAGUUAGUUUACUUUCCGUAAAAUACUGGGUGCAGAGAUGUUUUUGGAGACUGUGCAUAGUAAAAUUACGUUCCAAUCCAAUGCAUUCACAAUAAAGUUUUAUAUAGAACCUUUGUGCCUAUCUCAGUAUUGUUCCUCUCCAUACACAAUAAAUGGUGGCACGUUUAUUUCCAUGUGUGCAUAUGGAAAUUCAUUUGGUGGCAUGUAAUAGAUAAGCUAAAACUGCUCUGGCUUUAGUAUGGAAAAACUCUCAAUUUCACUGUCUUUUCAUUGACCUGAAUUUGAUGAAAAUAUAGAUGCAUCUGACGAAAACAAAAUUGGUUGUCUAUUUGGGGGGGGGGAAGUGACAUCAAAUGAUAACACAGCUCAAAGUAAUGAUGUCUAACUCUAAAUAUCUUCAUGAAGCAUGGUGGACAACCAGCCAUCAUUCCAGGGGGACAAGCAGAAGCCCCUUGAUGCUACUUGAUGGAACUGUAGCAGGUACAGUACUGGAACCUCGCUUGCAUGCGCACCAAUCUCUGCCAAGUGCUCAAGGACAAUAAAUGGGGGUGCAUGCCCCCUUUCUCUUUCCUGACGAAGAUAAUUGGCAAUCUUUAUUGAAGUGCAUGCUGUUGAACUGCCACCAACUUUGCAACUGGAUGAUAGAUGCCAGUCUCACCACUGCCUUUUCCCCAAAAAACUGCCCCAGUGAGAGCACUGCCAAUGAGCUCGAGUUCAUAAAGAAAUACGUCAAUUUGCCAAUAUGGAUUUGCAGGGCCUACGUUGGCCCUGGAGUGGGUGGGGAGAGAAUUGUCUUGUCCACCUGCGAACACCUGUGUGCUUGAAUUUUUCAGAUAAGCUUGCUAUUUUAAUGGAAUAGCAGUAUGUUUUGUUCUUAAGCUUUUAAAUGCCCUGUGGUUUCAGAAAUUGUGGAGCACAAUAAGGCCAUAAAUACUGAACCAUUAUUUUAGUAACAUGCUAUUUAACAUUAGUUUGUCCUACUCAGGUUUUCCCAGGGGUCGCAACUGAACAAAUUAUGCUUCUUUAUUGUAUCACACAAUUGUUCUCCAUCUAGUCUCAGCCAGAGGACUUUCCCAGCCCUGCCAACCCAAGAAGCACUGAAUAAGUGAUGCCAGGGAUUGAAGCUACAUGAAAAGCAUGUACCUCUCCCACUGUGCUAUGGUCCAUUCACAAACGCUAGCGACAAUCCCAUGGUUGGAAACUGCAGUUCACUUUUUUGACCACAUAGUUAUACACAAACUGAGGCAGAGUGCAGCCAUACAGUCAAGUUCGUUUCACAGUAAAACAGCUCACUCAUUCUGGAGUGUUCUGAAAAAUGCUUUGAUAAAAAAUACUGCAUCCUGGCAAUUCUUUGAGGUGUGUGGAAUACUUAUGUGGCUAUUUUAAAUAACAUUUAGCCCAACUUGUUCCACGAGAACUUACAGUGAAGUGGAUUUCUGAUUGGUUUGGUACAAGUCUACCAUCUCAAUAAGACCAACUGUGCUUAGGCUCUCAAAUGUCAGCUCACUCCUUAAGUGACAGCUUCUGUGUACUAAGACACAGGAUCUCUACCCUACUUUGAGAUCCCUGGGGUAGAGCCUUGGAUCUUUUACAUUCAAAGGAUGUGCCCUGUGCUAUGGCAAGCAUGGAUCAAUGUUCUGAGGCUUCUUCCCUCUGUUUUGUGAGGUGUGCUGGUCUCCCAUUUUCAGAAUGGGGUAAAAUAAGAAGUACUUUCUCUACAAUCAAUUAACUUGGGGCCCCUCCCAUAGCUGCCAAGUUUUCCCUUUUCUCGCGAGGAAGCCUAUUCAGCAUAAUGGAAAAUCCCUUUAAAAAAGGGAUAACUUGGCAGCUAUGGCCCCUCCUAGUUAUAUGUUUGGUCAGGGAGCAAAGAGCCAUCUAAAUUGAUUUUAAAAAAAAACAAACUCAAUUUUACUUUAAAGAUAACUCUGCACCUUGGAGCAAUCAGCUGCUAGCCCCUCCAUGCGUACUCAUAUUAUACACUCCUAAAAGUUUUGGCUCCCAUUAAAACUGGAGUUUCUUUAUAUGGGAAUGUUUAAAAUACCUAAAGUUGUCUAGUGUAAACAACUGGAGCGUUGGGUUUUAGGAUACCAGGUAAGCCCCUAAAAGGACGACUGCUUAAGGAAUAACUCUGCACCCCCAUUUCUUCACAAUGAUCCAUUAGGGCCAAGCUGUUACAGGCAUGU